CAGUGGGAUAAUAAUAUACUUGUAUACUUGGAUAAAUAAUGAGAUAGCUGUUCUGUGUUCUUCUUUUACUAGAGGCAGAAGAAUAUGUAACUCAUUAUCAUUGACAACAAGGAGGUCGAAACUGAAAACUAGAAUCAUUUUCACUGUGUUGUUUCUGGAAUUUAACCAUCUUAUGGUACAGUUCUCGAGAAUGCCAAGAUGGGUUUUCCGGUGACGAGAUCCUUAGAAGUUUCUCUGACCACUGACACUCUUCAUGAUAGAGACGUUGUCCUGACCUCUGUGUCUGAACACGACAUUAAUGGGACGGGCUUAGACGAGAAAGUCAAGCAAUCUCUAAUUUCCCGUAGAUAUCUUGUUCAUGACCUGGAGACUGCUCACACAGUUGGAGAGAAGUUUUGCUAUAUUGCUACGGACAUUGACAACGAAGAUCCUGAUGAGGAGGAAUUCUAUCCCCUCCCUGAUGGGAGUAUAGUUACUCCCGUACAAGAACGAUACACGAUAUCUGAAGAGCUGUUCGAUGGUGGUGUUGUAGUGGAGGCAAUCAGGAGGUUUUAUCGAUACAUCUUGUGAGGUAGUAGAAUGGUGAUUUAGCGCCAAACACUUUACGAUAAUAUACCUUAGUGAUAGCGAUACAACGCUGGCGAUCUCUAAAGAGACCCUCGCAAGCGUAGCAAGUUCAAAACUAAUUAGUUGGCUGUAACCGAGUAUUAAAGAUAGUGCGCAGCAUAGAAUUACUUGAUAUCGCGCAUCCGGCAUAGAACGCUGGACAUACAACUCAGUGUAAGUACCUAGUAGGGAUGCACCAUAGCGAUUGUUGUAACAAUUCUCCGUCCUCAAU